AUGCGACGCACUCUAUCGAUCUCGCUAGGCGCUCUGGCCCUGUUGGCAACAGUGGCUGUGAUGGCGGUUCUCAUUGUUCUCACAAUGCAUAUCCCCAAGGAGUCAAGUGGUCGAACUCUCUCACAAGUGUCCGUCGCUCUCGAGGCUGUGAUGCUUGUCAUCACCGGGUGGUUUCUCUCUACUUACCCUUCAACCUCAUUCCGCAGCUGGUCAACUCGAUGUCUCGGUGUUGACUUUGGCGCUGCCGUUCUGUCUAUUCUCUUUGCUACCGUCUCAACAGUAGCUACACUCAUUCAGUUUAGCAAAUCAACUCUCGAGAAGGAGGACGACCUACUCAACGCCAGCAAGAACAGCCUUCUCAUCGGCCUCUCAGUUGCUCUCGGACUAUGCUUCAUGUUUCAAUCUGGUUUCCUGUCUGUCCACUUCUUCCUCACUCGACGAAGUGACCAGCAGGCCUUCUCUCUUCACACCCUCGAGGAAGGUCGGGGUCUGGCCGCGUACCGAUCUAAGUCAUCUCUCAAGACACUGCGAUACAGCCACACAGCUUCGGACCGCGACCCAUUGCCCCGAAAGAUGAACUCAUUCGAUUUCCACACACCUGCCUCAUCCAUUCGUGGACGUUCCAGGUCUGGUACUGCCAGUUCUAUCAAGGCUCAACUCUCCAAUGCUAUCCGAUCUGCCACCGUGAAGAGCCACGUCUCUUCCAGCGAGUUCCGCCGACCUAUCACUGCUGAUUCUGCCGCGUACCCAGCCAGCGAAGAUGCUUUCGAUACCUGGGACACUUCUUCCGUCGAUACAAACAACCGCGAAGCUGUAGAAGCUGUUACUCCACCUCCUAAGACCCAAGGUCACUUCCUCGAGACAAUUCCUGGCAGCCCUUCACCAAGUAGGACAUCAACACCCAAUAACAACACUCUCGAUAUGCCUCUUGAGCCUCCCAGGAUCCGCAGGAGAAGUCGCAGCUACAGCCCGGUGUCUAUUCGCCGCGAGCUAGUUAGCUCUUCAGCAUCACUGACCGACCUCCCCGAGCCAUCACUGAGUGAAUCUCACAUUCACCCUCUCUUCCGAUCCGACUCUCCCACGCCUGCACCGAUGGCAACGCCUGGCACUGUCGUCGUUGCUUCACCCAACGCUGGCCAAGUCAUCACACACCGCCAGAGCGUACGUUCCCUGCGCUCUACCUCUGUGUCCGUGCACCAGAGCCCCCUUGCCAGGGAGGAACAGGAGAGCAUUAUGGAGGAGCAGGAAGUGGAAACAGCCUCACGGUCGUCGGCUGAGCGACCACUCACCCCUCCCAUCCCUCAAUGGGUCAUGGGUGCUGGUGCUCGAUCAAGUUGGUCCGACUAUAACAACCGAAGAUCCAAGAUGGACAAUGAAAGCACACACGAAACAAACAAUUAA